UCCUGACGCUGCAGUCAGUGUGUCCUUCUCGCAUCCCGCUUCACACACAGGAUGACUCACAACAACCUUCACUUCCCCCUAACCUUCAUUUAACCCAGCCGGUGUGUAUCCACACACACUGCGCCCCGUUAACAACAUUCACUCCCCGCUGAAACGGCGGCGGAAGCAUGAUAUCCGACCCGGCGGCGGCGGCAGCUGCUGCAUCAUCGGCGGGCAACGGCGGCGACGGCGAGAACGCGCGGCACAGACACCGAGCGCACGGAGACGCGGAGCGGAGCGAGCAGCCGCAGCCGAGCGCAGUCCCGCAGCCCGCAUCAUCCGGAGUUUUGGAUAAGCUGUUUGGAAAGCGACUGCUGCAGGCCGGGAGACACAUCAUGUCCCAUAAAUCCUGGAUGAAGACAGUGCCCACAGAGAACUGUGACAUCCUUAUGACUUUUCCAGACAGCACAGAUGAUCACACGCUCCUUUGGCUUCUGAACCACAUACGGCUCAGCAUCCCUGAACUCCUUAUCCAAAUCCGCCAUCACAAACAGACCAGAAUGUAUGCCUUCUUCGUCACGGCAACAUACGAAAAUCUUUUACGAGGGGCUGAAGAAAUGGGAGUGCAGAAACCUGUGAAGCCGGAGUUUGGCGGCGGAUCUCGCAGCUUCUCCUGUGAGGAAGACUACAUCUACGAGAACAUUGAGAGUGAACUGUGUUUCUUCACCUCACAGGAACGUCAAAGCAUAAUCAAACACUGGAUGGACAAUCUCAGAGCUAAACAAGGGGAGGCCCUUCACAACAUUCACUUCCUGGAAGGGCAGCCAAUCAUUCCCGAGCUGAGGGCGCGAGGCGUUAUCCAGCAGGUCUUCCCACUUCAUGAGCAAAGGAUUCUGGGACAGCUGAUGAAGUCUUGGGUGCAAGCGGUGUGUGAAAAACAGCCACUUGAUGACAUUUGUGAUUAUUUUGGCGUAAAGAUUGCCAUGUACUUCGCCUGGCUGGGUUUCUACACCACGUCUAUGUUGUAUCCUGCUGUUAUUGGCUUUGUUUUGUGGAUGCUCACAGAAUCAGAUCAAACCAGCAGAGACAUCUGUUGUGUGGUAUUUGCACUAUUUAACGUGGUGUGGGCCACGCUUUUCCUGGAGCGCUGGAAGCGCAGAGGGGCGGAGCUUGCGUACAAGUGGGGUACACUGGACACGCCCGCAGAAUCGCUGGAGGAACCCAGACCUCAGUUCAGAGGUGUAAAGCGGUGCAGUCCAGUAACGGGCUGUGAGGAGUUUUAUUACCCGCCUUGGAGGCGGAGACUGUUCAGAUGGCUGGUCAGCUUUCCUGUCUGUUUAUUAUGUCUUUGCUUUGUAUUUCUGGCAAUGCUCAUCUGUUUCGAGCUUCAGGAAUUUGUGAUGGGAAUUAAGGAGCUUCCUCGCGUAGCAAGAUUCAUCCCUAAAAUCAUGCUGGCCAUCACUGUGACGGCGUGUGAUGAGGUGUACAGAAAGAUCGCCUGCUGGCUAAAUGACAUGGAAAACUACAGACUCCAGAGUGCCUAUGAGAAAAAUCUCAUCAUCAAAAUGGUUCUUUUUCAGUUUGUAAAUUCUUAUCUCAGCCUUUUCUAUAUUGGAUUCUACCUCAAAGACAUGGAGCGUCUGAAAGAGAUGCUGGCCACGCUUUUGAUCAUCCGUCAGUUUGUGCAGAACUUGAAGGAGGUCCUGCAGCCGUACCUGGCGGAGCGGCACCGGUUGGGCGACCUCACGCUGCGGGCCGUGUGGGAACUGCUGGUCUCAGCGCUGCUCAAGUACGGGCGACUUGCAGCAGGGCGAGCGCAAAUCUCACCCAGCGAUCCCACCAUGCCUGGGUCAGGUCUGCGAGCCUCACAGAUGGGUGAGGAGGGCGCACAUGAAAAGCGAGAACGUACGUGUUUGAACGGUGGCUGUGGUGUUCCAGAUGAAGACGUGGAGGAGGAGCUUAAAGAGAGGAACAGCGAAGAGGAGAGCGAGUCGGAGAGCCUCAUCGAUUGUGGACUGAAGUUACGUAAGGUCAGUUUCAUUGAGAAGGUGGAGCGCAAGUCCGCAAGUUGUGUCGGCCAGGGAGAUGACAGCUUCCUAGAGGAGGGAAGUCCGACUAUGGUGGAGCGGGGCAUGGAUCCUGCCUCCAUUUUCGAGAUGUGUGAUGAUGAAGAUGAUAACGGGGUGGGGGAGAUGAAGGAAAUGGCCGCUGAGCCACUACAGACCAGCACGUCGUUCAGGAUAAGGAAGAGGGGGCGGAGCCUGGAGAGAUCGGACAGUAAGACGAAAAUAUAUUCGUGGAUGGAUCUACCCGAGGAGCAAGAAACAACAACACACACGCAGGCGGAGACCGAGAGCUGCAUGCAAACAUACCAGGACACAUUUCAGGACUACCAGGAAAUGUUCGUCCAGUUUGGAUAUGUGGUGCUCUUCUCAUCUGCCUUCCCAUUGGCCGCCAUGUGUGCCCUCAUCAACAACAUCAUUGAGAUCCGCAGUGACGCGUUUAAACUGUGCACCAGCCUGCAGAGGCCUUUUGGCUUGAGGGUGGCCAGCAUCGGACAAUGGCAGACAGUGAUGGAAGCCAUGGGUGUGAUUGCCAUCAUAGUAAACUGCUAUCUGAUUGGUCAGUGUGGACAGCUGCAGAGACUGUUUCCCUGGCUUAGUCCUGAGAUGGCCAUUAUCUCCAUCGUCAUCCUAGAGCACUUUGCGGUACUACUGAAGUAUGUCAUUCAUAUUGCAAUACCAGACAUCCCCAGUUGGGUGAGAGAGGAAAUGGCCAAGCUGGAGUUUCAGCGCAAAGAGGCAUUCAAGAAGCACGAGCGUCAAGCGCAGCAGCAUUUCCAGCAACAGCAGAGAAGAAAACGUGAGGAAGAGGAACGUCAGCGCCAGGCAGAGUAUCAAGCCCGUCGCGACCGAGACGAAGGCCGUUCAGACUCCUCAGGUGGCGACCACCACCACGACAAGAGCCAAAGUGGAAAAUCCAGACCAGGGGGUGGAGGAGGAGCGUCAGGAGGGGAUAAACCCAAGCGUCCCAGCUCGCUUCUCGGCAACAAUAACGUCAUGAAACUGAAGCAGAUAAUCCCGCUGCAGAGCAAGUUCUCUUCCGGCACAGCCCGAUCUCCGCAGUCGCCCACCGGGAGCGAACCCAAGCUACCAGGCUUCCUCAGUUUCAAGUUCCUCAAGUCUCCAGAGAACAGAAAGGAGGCGGCAGCCGCUUCCACAAGUGCACCUGUAGUUCCUCCAGCGCAGGAGAGGAUGGAGAGGUCCCAAUCACCCAACAAAUCCUUCAACCCUGGAAAACUCUUUAACUUUGGGAAGUCGGAAGGAGGAGCGUGUGUAAACGGGGCUCAGCCCUCGAAACCGGGGGAUGGGGGACAGACGCAGGACAAGCCGUCCACGAAGUCCGACCUCAAUGGGGUUCCGGAUGAGAUCCCAUCCCCCUGUAGAGAGAAUGGGGAGAAUGGAUUGUCAUCCGACGCUGAGACAUCAGGCCCUAAAAUGUAACAAGAAAACAUCUCCAGUGAAGCACCAGUGUGAGAUGAUACUUAGUAAUGCAGUGGCAGUGAAAAUGUGAGGUAGACGUUUUCGGUGUAGAAACUGAUAUGGGAGCUGUACAUCGAAACACAGUUAAGGGGGAAUUCACUAAGAACAAAUCGUGGCCAGUAAUGACAGACUUUAUUUGCACACACUGUCCGCAUAGGUAUAGCGUCUGAUGCAUUAGGGCUUUGUUCACACUGCACCAAAGUUUGAUUUAUUCUUUUAGGACCAAUUUUUCGGAUCAAAUAAUAUACAGAGACCAUAUCCAGUAUAUAUACAUUAAUUAAUGACUGCUACGUGCAUAAUGCAGUGACACAAGAGAGAAUAGAUGUUAUUGUGAAAUAAAAGACAAAAAACUAAAAAUGUAUUCCGUUUAUGUCCAUCAUAAAAUCUUUCUGUUGUGAUGAACUCAAGUGGUUCACCAGACCGUCAAAGCAUCAACGGCAUUAUAGUAUUUACACAGUCAUGCAUUUGCUUUUUAAGAAAUAUUUAGUUUGUAUAAGCCGUUACAUAUAUCAAGCAUUUAAAAUAAUUGAAAUACAGCAUUUGAAACUAAAUUAACUUUGCUUUAAUAACAAUCAUUCACAACAGACUUGCUAUUCCUCAUGUUGGAAUUUGACACUUCCUAUAUGACAACUAAAGUGUAAUUACAGUAUUUUUAACACUAAAAAGGAACAGUUCACCCAAAAUUAACCCGUUUACUCACCCUCAAAUUAUUCCUAAUCCGUAUAAAUGUAUUUGUUCUGAUGCACACAGACAGAUAUUUGGAAGAAUGCUUGUAAAAGUUCCUUGGCCACCAUUGACUCCCAUAGUAGGAAAAAUGACAAUGGUAGUCAAAAGUGCCCCAGAACUGUUUGCUGUUCUACAUUCUUCUAAAUAUCUUCUUCUGUGUUUAACAGAACCAAGAAUUUUAUAAAGCAACUUGAGGUUGAGUAAAUGAUGACAGAACUUUCAUUUUUGGGUGUUCCUUUAAAGGUUGCAUUUAUCUAAAUGCAGAUAUGUUUGCUGUUCAAACUACACAAAGCAACGAAAAAUAUUUGGAUAGUUGGAUUUAUCAGUAAAUCAGAUUUUUGCUGCCCGUCUGAACAAAGCCUAAAGAAAUCAAGCUCAAACACGCCCACAAAAUUAGCCUUGAUCAGGGCAAUUGCAUCCUAUGCUGUAGACUUAUAUUAGAGCCUGAGCCUAAUUUGCAUAGAAAGAAGACGUGGUUUAGAGAAGAGGGAUGAUGAUGUCAUUUACAAAGGGUGCAUUGCUAUACAUGUUUAGGUUGGAUUAUGGCUGGCAUGUGAAUAGCAUGCAAGGUUUUAAACAGCUGUUAGAAAAACAGCACACUAAAGUGUUCCAGCUUUUAAAUUCACCCCUUAAAAAGUAAAGCUUUGCUAUAUUCAAAAAGAACAUGGUUGAAAAGACCUCUCUUCCACUCAUUUACAUACAGCUCACAUGCAACCCAGAGCCAUUGAAGAGAGAGAGUUGCGUCAACUCCGUUGACUCCAAAGGAACAGUUUUUUCACAGUAAUGGCGAUUCAUGGAGGCUCUUAAUAGUUCCUAGAAGUAACUAGUUACGCCAAUAGACCAAAUGAGGUCAACUUUGAACCCAUUUAAAGACGAAAGCCAUUUAAUGAAUAAAAAAAGAAAGAAAGAAAGAAAUCAUUUAGAGAAAAAAACAUCUGAAGGCUCCAUGAAUCAUGUGACGCUCCAGCGUUUUGGACUUCUGUUGGCACAACUCGCUCUAUCAAUAGCUCUGAUGCAACCCUAGCAGAGCCAGUAAUAAUCCAAGAUCCCACAAGACUUCAAAAACUACAUGUGGUUUCAACUGUGUGUGUUAUUUUAGGCCUGAAAAUAGCUGGUUAUGUAGAGCAAUAGCAACUUUACAAGCAAAAAAAGGAACGGGUGGUUUGAAUCAAUGCUAUAGAACAGGCCCUAAACGGCAAUAUUCUCAUGUCAAAUAAAAAGAGGAAAGAUGAAAACUGCAAAGAGAAAACAUGAGACAUGUCUGAGAUGUUUGUUUGAUUCAUUUGUGUCAUUCUGCAUUUCAACCCGCAAUUCACAAAUAUUAUUAUAGCUAUAUUUUGAUCCGUAAUAUGCUUUAUCCUUGCUAUCCUCUAUCUGAUUGGAAACAAAAGUAUUUUUUUUGCAUUAUAACAAAAUACCCAGCUUCACCUUCAAAACUUUCUUUUGAGUUUUCUGACCGGUAAGACAGAGCAGCAUUGUCCCAACCAGUGGCAUACAUUUGGGGUUAAACUUGUCUGUUUUUUCAACCUAAGCCAAAAGAUGAAGGCAGUGUUCAGAAAACCUGUUAUAAAUAAUUAUUUAUGCAAUUCCUGUGACAUUUUUAUUUCUUUACAGAAGCAAAGCUCAUAUUUUUCUUCUUUGCACGUUAUUUUCGUAAAACCCCAUCCCAGUCGUUAAGCAUGUGCUUCUGGAAAUAUAGAGAAAACACUAAAAGACGUCAUUAUAUUUGAUUUUCUAAAUGUGUCCUGAGCAACCAAGGGAGUCUUACACAGUGCAUUUUUUGCAAAAUCCAUGACACAGUGUCUCCUCCUUUAAACGUUUUUGUUGAAGAAGUUGGAUUUUUGUAAAACUAUGGAUAUAUUUUUUAGUUAAAGUCUACGAAAAAACGAGAGGUGCCUCAACAACAAAUGGAAAAUUGCAUUUUUACUUUGUAGUUUCAUAGAAGACAACUAUGCACAUGUUCUUUGUUUGGUCGGCUGGAUUUGUCUAACAGAAGUUGCAAUAAUAUUUUGGCUGGAAUGAUGAUUUGGAUUUGUCUUAAAUAUGUUCAGAAAAUGUUGAGUACAGUAAUAGAUCAAUAUGUUUUUAAUUAUUACAUUUCAUCCAGAAAAAUGUGUUGCUUAUAACAACCUGGUAUGAAACAGCUGUCUUAAAUCCUAAAUUUGAUCUUAAAUUAAGAAUGUGAUUUUAUUGUACCCCGGUCACUUCAACGGUAAACAUACAACCAGUUUUAAUGUAGCGGUCCUGUCGAGCCAAACAUAAUUCUCUCUUUUCUAAACGUUAUUCUCCACCAAAUAUAAUACUUGUUUUGUUCACAAAACUAUUCAUUUUAAUCAAUUUCUCAGCAACUAGGUCCUAGCAAGACAAUUUAGUUAAAUAGCUAUUAACCUUUAUAUAUUUUUUUCCAUGUUGUUUCACGACAAAAUCACUUGGUAGUGAACAGCAGAGUUCAUAUCCUUCGCUAGAAAGAUGUAUGUCAUCAAAAAUAAUAUUUUUUAUGUACUAUGACAUUCUCUUUAUAGCUAAAGUCACUCAGCCCACAUUGAUCAUCAUUCACUGUAAGAGUAACUCAGGUCUCCUGACUGAUACUGUGAGGAAUCACAUUCAUUACAGAGGGGCAGAAAAAACGAUUAUUGUUUAUUUGUUUGUAGUGUUCUGUAUCGAGCUGAUUCUGCAAUAUGAUGGAUGAAGGAAACUUGUAAAUCCUGAAUGUGCUGUAAGGUUGUGUCAUCUCUGUAUGAUCCGUCUACAUUGUGGUCAUCGUUACAGUACAGUUUAAUGUCAUCAGACCGUCAGCUCUGGCCUAAUAACAGUCACAUUUCUGUUGUCUUUGUUUGUUUAAAGAAGUGAGUAGUUAAGCUAUUGAUAGUUGGAAGACAGCAUAGGUUUGUUGUGUAAGAACUGCUGUACAUUCGGUCUAACUGUGAAAUAUGAAGUGAUUGUGGUGAGAGGGGCCACAGAUGUCCCUCUCUGAAGGCAACCUCACAAACCUAUCAUGAGCUCUUCCAAUGUUCCACUGUAAAACUUUCUUUCUUAAAGAAAACAAUAUUAGGGGGCGGGAUUAUUUAUUUCUUUUAUUUUGUCAUAUUUUUGUAAGAAGUGAAAUGGGAUAAUAAAACAGAUUUAAAUUUA